AUGUCUCGCAUCGCGGACAAGGGAAAGGCCCGUGCGCGAGACGACGACGAGGACAAUCCCGGCCAGCCUUCACGCCGCUCACCGCCCGCACCCGAGCCGGGCCGUUCGCCGUCCCUCCGCCGCCAUCCUCCGUCCCCCGACGCCAUCCUUCCUCUCCUGCACUGUCCCCAAUGCUCUCCCUCGCGUCUCCUCCACGCGCCCCUCACUCUCCGCUGCGGUCACACUCUUUGCUCGCAACACAUUCUGUCUCCCCCCACCUCGUCCCCGUCCCCGUCCAACCCCCUCUCCGCACUCUAUCAAGGCUCAGCCCCCUCAUGUCCACUCCCAACCUGCAACGCGCCCUCCUCCGAGACACCCACCACCACCACCACCACCACCAGUCCCGGCGUACACUUCUCUCCGGCCCCCGUGUCCUCUUCGCGUCCGUCCACACCCGUUUCGCGCGUCGAUGUCUCCGUAAACAAGAUCAUCUCUCUCGUCGUCCGCGCCCACAACAACACAGACCCCGACGCGUCCGCCACCGUCCGCACUUACCCCGCAGACAUCGACGACCAAACCGAUGACAGCGAUGCCGCGGACGACCUCGACGAGCAUCCCUUGCCUUCCACCGACGCUGUUUCCGAUCCCGAUCGACACAGCGGUCUAGGCCCCGCCGCCCCUGCCUCUCGCCAUCCCCGCCCGCAGUCCCCAUCGCGUUCUCGCAAGCGUCGCCGCGGUCCCCGCCCGCGCCACCGCCCUCACGACCACCCGCGCACCCCGUCCUCGGAUCCUGCCGCGCGAUUCGAAAAGGAGCUGCUCACCGAGCUCACCUGCGAGAUCUGCUUUGCGCUGCUCUGGCAGCCCGUUACGACCCCGUGCCAGCACACCUUCUGCUCCCCGUGUCUCGCCCGCGCUCUCGAUCACAACCUCGCCUGCCCCCUCUGCCGCCAGAUCCUCCCCGGGUACGACUACUUCCAGGAGCACCCCUGCAACAAGCUCGUCCUCUCCAUCCUGCUCCGCGCGUUCCCCGAGGCCUACGCCGAGCGCGGCGCCGCCCUCGAGGCCGAGGCCCGCGACUCCCGCCUCGACACCCCGCUCUUCGUCUGCCAGCUCAGCUUCCCGGGCAUGCCCACCAUCCUCCACUUUUUCGAGCCUCGGUACCGCCUGAUGCUCCGCCGGUGCCUCGCCGCGCCGUACCCCGCCUUCGGGAUGGUGCCCCCGCCGCGCGCCUCCGCCGGCGUGGUGGAGUUCGGGACGAUGCUCGAGAUCCGCAACGUGCAGAUGCUGCCCGACGGGCGGAGCGUCGUCGAGACCUGGGGCGUGUGGCGCUUUCGGGUCAUGGAGCGUGGAACCCUCGACGGGUAUGGCGUCGCGCGCGUGGAGCGUGUCGAGGACUGGGAGGAGGACGACGAGGAGGCCGUCCUGGAUGUGCGGCCUGUUGCGAGUGGGGAGGAGGGGUCUGGGACGCCCGGUCCGUCCUCGUCGUCCUCAGUCGCGUCGACGUCCACUUCUCCGUCUCUUUCGGAGCCCCCUGGCUCUGCGUUGACGAGCGUUGGCGCGUCGACGAUCCCGCGCAGUGCGCCGACGAACGUGGAGCUGAUGGCGAUCUGCCACGAGUUUCUUGAGUACCUCCGCGAGGGCACGCCGUGGGUCGUGCAGCACCUCAACACGUCGUACGUCCCCAUGCCGGCGGAUCCCGCUGCGUUCAGUUUUUGGAUUGGGAUGCUCCUCCCCAUCGACGAGCACGAGAAGGCAAAGUUGCUUCCUAUUCGCUCGCCUCGGCUGCGGCUGCGGCUCGUCGUGCACUGGAUCGAGCAGCUGCACAACAACUGGCGCGUGCGCGUCGCGUACUCGUCUUAUUUUGCUUGA